UCCCAAAUCUGUAUAUUGGUUCAUUUAAAAUGCAACAUAAUUAGCAUCACUCGUCACUUUGGCCUAGAAAUUAGUUAAGCAUCAGGCUGACAUUUCGUGGUCGGUCACCCACUAUCUUUUAAUCUCUAUGUCAACUUUACUUAUUCGAUCUUUGGCGCCGUGUUUUCUAUAUUUGUUUGAGUAAGGUGUGAAUCAUACAACUUGGUGAUGGCGUCGCAUUAUUUUCAACUAAUACCUGUUUAAACAAACGGAUUAUUUGCAUACAAAAUUAUGUGGAAGCAAAAUAAAGCAAACGAUUGUCGUGCGAGUUGCUGCACAGUUGAAAAGUGAACCUUUGGUAUUGUAAACCUAUCUGCUGUUGUGAAUAUUACAUUCUUAACUUCACUCAAAGGAGAACAAGGAUUUCAAAGUCAAGCGUUGUGUUUUGUUUAAAGAGAUGGAUUUGAAACUGUUGAAGUUGUUUCUUUCAAGUAUCGCAUUAAUAUUUUAUAAAGCUGUUGUAACAAAUGCAUCGAUAUCGCCAUCAGAACUCAAGUGUCCAAGACACAAAAUGAUUGUGGCAAAACCGUUUGUUUAUACUGAAACUGAAGAAAUCUUAUCGCAAAUAACUAUAGUGUGCACGAUACCAAACGUCGUCUUUAAAGUUCACUACACAAACGGUUCUUUUUGUGCUUGUGGUUUGAUUCAGAAGGAUCUCGUACGUCUUUCUUUCUUUUGCUCUGAGGCUCUCUUUUCAUUGGAUAUCAUCAUCGAUCUAUCAACCAAUGAAACUAGUCAAACGUUAGCUCGAUGUGACGUAUCUCUGUCUUUGGGUCUUGAUUUGCGUCCUGUGCACAUUAACUUCUUAUCGUCAGCAUCUUCAGACAAUUUUAACGAUCUCACUUUUCACAGUAAACCUAAACUAAGUUCGACAGUCGUUUCAAGAACGAUUGCUGCACCGACUGGACAUUCGUCAAAGGCAAAUCUGCAAAACUUCUAUACAUCUGUGACAGGGAAAGAACUACUUCCAUCGCAAGUUUCAGUUAUGUUGACGUCAUCAAAGUCAUUCAUUAAAACUCAAUCUGUAUCCCAACCACUGUCGAUGGUCACUUCUCCAUUUUCAUCAACAUCUUCCAUUCUAGUGGCCACUUCAGUCAAUGAAUUAAUAAAACCUACCGCUUUAUCAACAAGCUUAACCGAUAUAACAUCAACAGUUAUCCAACCUUCUUCAAGUAAGAAUGCAAAAACAAGCACUGUAUCACAAAUGACAGAAAAGAUGAAAAAAUUCAGAGAAGAUUUAGAAUUCAUUGACAAGUUAAACACGAGCAGUGUGAAUGUUAACGAUGUGGCAACUGUAGAUCGCAUUUUGGAUGCUGCUUCAAAUUUAAUCACUAUCAAUGAAACAAUUGGGCCUGAUCUUGAACGAAAGGACCCGGGAAUGAGAGCAGUGGAGGUAUUAGAAAAUCUUGGAAAUACCUUAUCACAGCAGCUUUUUCUUAGAAACAAGAGUUCUGUUAUGUUUCAAAAAGUAAAUAAUGAUUUGGUAUUUGGCGUUGCAGUUGUUAAUGCAUCUUCGAGUAAAGAUUUCACGUUUCCAUCUGAAGAUUUAGCCAUUUUUAGCGAUGAAAGAAUUACAAUUCCGAGUACUGUUUUUCGUGCAAAUAAUUCCGGUCAAUCCUAUUUUGUUGGAAUCAUUUUCAAAGCUUAUCGUGAAAUGCGUGAAAAUACGGGGGCUUUAAGACUAGGAACGAAAGUUAUAAAUGCUAAAGUAUCGCCUGCACCGAGUAGAAAUCUAGUUAAACCUAUUGAAAUGUUGUUUAAAAAAAUCAACGUUGGAAGCAUUGCUUCAUCCGUCUGCUCGUUCUGGGUCGAGAACCAUGCAGAUGCUGGUGAUUAUGGUAAAUGGGCAACAAGACAGUGUUUUCACUUGUUUGAAAAUCAAACUCAUGUCAAAUGUCGAUGUUAUCAUUUUACAAAUUUUGCUGUUCUCUUCAAGUUAUCUAAUACGCAGCGUCUUUCGAAAGAGCAUUCUUAUAACUUAACAAUCAUCACAUAUAUUGGUCUUUGCGCCUCUAUAAUUGGAUGUCUUUUUACUUUUAUUAUAUAUUUAACUUUGAAACAGGCGAAGUCCGAGAGAGCAGCAAUUCACACAAACUUGGUACUCUCUCUUGGUUUGGCCGACUUAGUUUUCUUACUAACUAUCAUUUUUAAACCAGUGAAGGACUAUUGUCUAGCAGCAUCCAUGUUGGCAUUUUAUUUCUACCUUGCCGUAUUUUUCUGGAUGUUGGUCGAAGGUGUUUAUAUAUAUUUGAUGGUUGUUAAAGUCUUUCGUGGCAACGUCACCAGAAAAAGAAGACUUGCCUAUAUAGUAGGGUGGGGCAGUCCAUUUGUUAUUGGGCUUUUAACCUGGAUUAUAUUAAGAGAUGACGUCAUUUCAAAAUAUCAUUGCUGGCUAUCUGUUGAAACUGGUGCGAUUUGGGCAUUCGUUGGUCCUGGUUUAAUAAUAAUUUUCGUGAACUGUAUCAUUCUUCUUGCUGUUGUAAAGAAAACUUGGUCAACAUUUUCAGACAAGACUGAAUUUGGGGGAUUGAAGUCAGCAUCGCGAACCUUUGCUGCAAUUAUUCCACUGUUGGGGAUAACUUGGAUAUUUGGUGUUAUGACAUUCAACGAAUCAUCUCUUGUUUUUCAAUAUAUUUUUGCUAUUACCAACUCUGUCCAGGGUGCCUUAAUAUUUGUCCUUUAUUGCUUGGUGAACAAAGAUGUGAGGAGCGAACUGCUUCGUCGACUCUCAAUCUGGAAGAUCCGCCAUGAUAUGUCCUCAUCUUCGACCGGUCGGCGCAACAUAUUUUCUCAAUCGGCAAAAGUAGUUCAAGAUUCAUGUCAAGAUGAAAUUAAAAAGCCUGGCGAGAAAAAAUUCUUACUUAAUGAUAUUGUCUCUACAGAGACAAGCAAAGGUUAUUUACAGUCAAAUAAUCAUAUGAAAGAAGAAAGUCGUGAAAAAAUGGUAUUAUUGAUUAUUCAUUAGACAGUAUAGGGCAUGUUUGAUAUCCACAAAAACUCAUAUCUUUAUAUAAAGCGUUAAUUAACACAUGAUAAACUCUAUUCGAUAAAGUUACUUCUCAAACCUACUUUAUGUACAAAGUCAUUUUCUGUUUGGAUCAUUUUACGGGUCUCUUGCAUAAUUAGUCAUAGCUGAAUUAUAACCAUGACUAAUAAUCCUUUUCUAUAGUUUCAUAGAUCUUCCUUCUAAAGUUGUAUGAAUUACCUAUUAUACAAAUUCCAUUCGUUCAAAGAAUACUAUCAUCCAUAGUCAUGUGACAUAGUUUCAAAGCGCUAGCUUACAGUAAAGAUUUACGAUCAAUUGCUGCAUCAUGUUAAUAAACUCUCAGCACAUUUUA